GGUUUCUCAUUCGGCGUGGUCGCAUUCUGUUCUAUCCGCAGCGCGUCAUAGUCAGAGUACUCUAUUUCAUCCGCGUCAGUGGCAGAGUCUCUGUUGGUGUGUCAGUGUCAGUGUGUGGCAAAAGUCCCAGAAAAAAGCAGCCAAAAUUAGUCUUUUCAAAAAUGGAUAAGCGAAAUAUGAAAAUGUAUGUAAAUGCCGACGCCGCAAAUGAACGCAUCAAAAUGAAUCAUAAUUGAGAGCGAAGCAAAAAAUGAGUAAGAAGAGUAUCUAAUCUUGAGCAUAUGCAAGGAGUGCGAGCGAAAGGGAUAGCGAGACGAAUCGACGAGGUCUUUGGGAUGCGUUUCAUUUGCAACGUCAUCGCGUCAUCAACAGCUGUGGAGAGCCAACAAAGAGAGCACCAGCUUCUAUCACACACACACCCAUUUUUCAACUACCGAGUCCCAGAGAAAAGGGUGUCAACACACAUCUGCAUUUUAUUAAUUAACGAGAAACAAAUUAGAUAAUUAAUACAAUAUAUUCUCCUCCUCCCAAGAGAAACUGUAAAGAAAAAGAAACCCACUCACGCGAACGUUUGCGCAAAAGCAAAGAGAGACAAUCGGGAGAGAGAGAGAGAGAGCAGCCGCACAAACAACAGUCGAGAGCAGAGAGCAGUUCAAAAAGCAAGCGCCAGAGCGAGAGGGAAGCGAAGCACUCGCAGGCACACGAAACACAUUCAAACGCAGCCUUUUGUGGUUGUGUGUGCUUUAGACACUCAAACUCAAAAUUCGUCUCUUCGCGUCCACAACGUGCCACCAAGUGAGCGGAAAGUUUUUAGCUUGAUUUCCACAGUCGCCGUAUGAGAAGUUUCCUCUGUUUUUCUUUCGUUGCCUUUUGUUGCCCCUUCGCAGCGGAGUGAAGAGUGGGACAACGAAUUAUUCAACGCAACCAAAAAGCGGACACAGAAAACAAGUUAAAGCCAAAUCAACAAACGAUUUGUGUCUAUUGCAGUGCGGAAUAUCGAUUUUUGUCAUCCGCGCGCGUCGAUGACCUCGCCGAAAACAAUUACAACCGAGAGUUGAGAGCAGUGCAAAAAUCAAACGCAAAAGCAAAGUCAAAGGCUAAGCAACAGCAAGAGCAAAUACAACACACACACACACCUACUCGUGCAUUUUUCGAAGCUGCCUAAUUCCGACUCUUAGCCACGUUUUACAUAAUUGGCCAAUUGCAGAGUCAGGCAAAAGUGCUAGCAACAACUACGACGGCGACCGUUGCAAGCCGAGUGCCAGAGGGAAAGGGAAACGAACAUUUAGACAGACGGAGAAGGAGAGCGGGAGGAAGGAGAACAGUGAGCAGCAAGCGGGAGAGGAGCGGCAGCGGCAGCGUCGGCGGCGGCAGCCAAGAACCCCAGAGACACAUGCUUAGAUAUCGUCUCGUGUCCACACACUUUUUGAAGCAGCCGUAGUCAGCCAGCGAGAGAGGGAAGCGAAAUAUUGAGAGAGUGCACCACCACCCAAAGGGGGAGAGAAACAGCUAGAAAGAACGCCGAAGAGAGAAAGUGCAGUUGCAAACCCGCAGAGAAAGAGAGAGAGAGAGAAAGAGAACGAUUGAUCGCAGGAUAACGUCAAUCUCUUGGUACAAAUAGAUCGUCAGGUGCACUCCGUUGGCUCAUUCACGCUCCAAACUUUGAAAAAGCCCGGUCGAGAGCGACACCGUUGCAUACAACACCCAACCGUUCAUUCGUCCGGUAGUGCAUCAUCUAGAGGCAGCCAGCCCAGCCCUACGCCAUACGCCAUACGCCCACGCCCGAACCGCAGCUGUUGCAGCGGACACCGAUUUCGCACCGAUCCAGGCCAUAUAAUUCAGUCACAACGUAUUCGCUAGGAGUCCUACGCCUGCUUGGUCUGAGCUGUUGUGAUUUGGAUAGCGAAAAUGUGCAGAGAUCGCGAUAUGAGUUUGUCAUAGAUCAGCGCAACCGUCGUUACAAGGUCAAGAAAAAAAUCAAACUCAAGAGCGAAUAAAUAUCGGAUUUGUUGGCGUGGAAGCGCGAAGAAGAGACUCUGACAGACAGACAUACAGGCAUACAGGCAGGGAGAGAUACAGAGAGACUAGAUAGUCUUGGACCAACAACAACAACAGCUUGAACGGCGAAAACAACAAUACCAAAGUUAACAGUAAUCCUGGUUGGAGAGGGAUACCCGGGAUACCACACAAAACGGACAAUAGAUACAAUACACGGCACGGCACGAAAGCUUGCCGUUUGUUCGCGCGUUAAUUUUUUGGGAUCAUCGGCAAUGUGACUAUCUACCGGCACGACAUUACGUUUCCCUAACAAUACGGUUAACCGAUUCGUGGAAAUCUCUCCUUGCACCCCUGCAUGUGCCAGAGCCAACAGGUGUCAGGUCAGGCGUGACAAGUGAUUUUGAGCGUGCACCGAUUUCCCGGUAACUCUAUUCAUCACUCUUGGGUUACUCCUCCCACUCCUCCUUGCCACACUCUCCCACGAUCGAAAAGAAAACGUCGUGCAACUGGCGAACGUACGGGGAAAAACCAGCAAGAUUGAAGACUUUGCGAGAAAUCUUUGGAAGUCCGUUAAGGCUUGCAUUUGCGGCAUGCGCCAUCCCACAACUGGGCUGAACGAAGACGACCUGAGUCGUCUCACCGGUUCAUCAUCGUCAACUGCCUCUUGCGGCAGUGCAGCCUCAGCCUCAUCUUCAUCAUCUUCAGCAUCCUCGUCAUCGUCCGCAUCCACAGCGGCCCCCACACAGUGCCAUGAGCCAGCAGACGUCGUCCGUCAACAUCAGCAGAGUCCGGAAAGGACCAAGGCGGAUGCCAGGAACCAUCUGAACAGCGUCGACCCACAGCCAAAGUUCAGCUCCACAUAUCUACCGGAGAUCAUCAAUCCUCUGGAAUGGCAAAAGUCAUCGCGCAAGCGCAAGGAGCGUCUCGACAGCAGCUCCGUCUUUGGGCAGGACCGCAAGCUGCAACGCAGCAACAGCGAGGAGCUGCUCACGGAUCCAGCUCAGGGCCACGCACCCCAAGACCCCAAGACAACGGCCGCUCACCUGCUGGAGGCCCAAUGCGAGGUCAUUCGACGUGUCUCCUCGGAGGACUUUGAGCGUACCGCCACCUACGCCGACUACUGUCUAGAGUUUGAACGCGAACAGCAGUCCCAGUCCCAGACCCAGAACCAGGAGUCGGAGGGCGGCGAGAACAACUCCUCGCUGGCCAAUCUCUCGAGUGAGGUGCAGGGCUCCAAGGAGCGUCCACGCUCAGAGACCAGUCCGUCCCGCCAGCAGCGGGAGGCCAGCGAUGACAGUGAGUGCGAGCACGAGCGCCGAAGGAGCAGCGAGCGCUUCUGCAAGUCCCGCUUGCCACCCGGCCGCAAGUCCGGCAUCACCAAGAAGGGCAGCGGCAGCGGAGGAGUCGGUGGCAAGUACCUGCCCUCUAGGCGGGACGAACAGAGCGCCUAUAAGUACGAUCUGUCCGCUCUGAAGUACGAGCGUCGUGGUUUCAUCAGCAGCAGGAAGCAGCAGCAGCAACAGCAGCAGCUGUCCAACUCGUCUUCCUCCGCCUCCGAUCACAACGACAACAACCUGAUCGACUUCCACCAACAACAACAGCUACAGCAGCAGCAAAUCCAGCAGCAGCAAAUCCAGCAGCAGCAGCAGUCAAAAAGAAGCUCCAGCAUCUCACCCACACCCACAACGAGCUCCUCGGCGGGCAGCGACGACACCACGCCCACACCCGUCAAGGCCAAGCCGCCGCAACGCCAACAGCAACAGAACCCGAACCUCACCUCGGCCCAGGAGUCGCUUCCGUGGGAGCGCGGGGAUGAGCCUGCACCCGUGCUGAGCCGACGCUACGCCCACUCUCGGCCCCACGUCGGAGGCAACAUCGAUGCGGCCGCCCAGCUGGCGAAGGUGAUGCCCUAUCCGCAGGCGCUGCCGAAGCAAGCGACCAGCGUGCAGCUGCAUGGCUGCGAGGACAUGGACUGCCUGGAGCCGAUGGACGCUGUACGCGCCUUCAGUUCGCUGGAGAAUAUGCGUACCCGGGAUGUGAUGCAGCAGGUGCUGCCCGCCAUGAUGGUGGCUUUCCAGACCCCUGAGGAACGCCUCAAGGCCAUCGGCCGACGGGUGACCGUGCUCAAGAAGAAGCUCGUCCAGCUGGAGGACGCACUGGAGCAGCGGCUCGGCUACCGGCCCUCGCAGGCGGAGCGCCUCAACGACAAGUACAUGAAGAACGCCCUGGCCGAGCUGAGCAAGCUGCGAAAGGAGCGGCAUGAGCUCAAGACUGAUCCCAUCGCUGCCCUCGGCCUCAAGCUGGGCGGCUGUGGCGGCGGCGGUGCUGGUGGCUCCGGGUGCCAGGAUGUGGCCAAGAAGCUGGAGCGCAUGAAGACCACCCUCGCUGAAAUCGAGCAGAAUCUAAACGAGAAGCGCACAAAUAGCCAACGGUCCCAGCAGCUGGAGGAACUGACCGCCGAUCAACUGGUGCAGGAGAAGACCGCCGUCCAGCAUGGUCUGCUGUAUUUUGAGAAUCUCUACGGCCAUCCCAUCACCAAGGAGGAGCGAGAUGCAGCCCGACCCCUGUACGAUCGCUACCGUCAGCUGAAGCGUCUAGUUGCCCGCAUUGUAAUGUUUGGCACUGGGAGUGGGGUGCCAGAGCUGCCCACGAUCCUGGAGCACGAGGCUAUGGUCUUCGAGGCAACCUCCACACCGCUGCAGUAUUCAUCCAACAACAGCACCGCGACCACCAACUCUCCCAGCGACUCAAUGGCGCCAAAUACCAUCACACAGAAUGCUUCCUCCGAUGAGUCGACCACCACCACAACGGGUCCGGCUGCUGCGGGAUCGAUGGAGUCUUCCGCAGCGGAGAGAGCGGCCAGCGAGAACAUCUCCGCACUGAGUCUGGACCAGCUGUGGGAGCAGCUGGAGCGGGUGCGCGACGAGAAGGCCGUGCUGAAGGCCACCAUACGCGAGUACGAGUCACUGUUCGAGGAGCAGAAUGGCCGCAAGAUGCUGAAGCAGGAUCGAAGGUCCCUCGAGACAGAGACCUAUGCCCAGUACAAGGAGAAGAAGGCAAAGGUACGGCUGCUGCAGGCCCUGAUCAAGAAGCACAUUGGCCACUAGCCGGAGCCUCAAUCGAUCCACAUCUAUUCACCUGCAUGCGAUACUUAUUUAUUUCAUACCCACAAAACAAACAAAAACAAAACCAAAUGCAA